AUGGAUCAAAAUGGCUCUAAUAGAUUUGAGUUUACCCCUAUCGGGUAUUUGAAAGAGAAGCAAAACGGUGGUGAAAUACCAACAAAGAGAGGUAAUGAGACAAUUAACAAUGGUGAUGGGAAUGACACUUUGAAAAAGGUACGGAGAACAAGUAUGGAUAACUCGCUGGACUCUAUGAGAAUGUUUAAUGACACAUCUCAAUUUGAUGAUACACUGCCACAAUUGAACACUCAACAUAUGAACAGGGCCGUGAGAAACAAGAGAAACUUGAUGGACGAAUUAAAAGAAAAUGCCCAGACAUCAAACCCACUUAAGGAGCAGCAGGAAAAAAUGCAUAAAUUGACUACUGAUAAUUAUAAUUUGAGACUAAAAUGUAAUUCAUUACUGAAAUUUCUGAAUAAUGUGACCGAUGAGGGUGAAUUGAAGAAAAGUUUAAACUUGCUGGACGAGGUUCAAGACUGGAAAGAAAAAUACAACAAUUUAGAGGAUGAAUUUACGGAAUUGAAAAAAAAAUAUGAUGAGCUAGAUAUCAAAACUAGUGAAAUUGCCCAAAAUGAUUCCGACAUUAAUGGCAGUAAUAAGCAAAGUACGCUUGAACAAAAAGUUAAAUUGCAAAAAACUGAAGCCGAACUGAAGCAAUUUCAAGCACAAGUUAAAAGACUUGAGAAACUUCAUAUGGAUUCAAAUGAUACAAACCUUUUGGAGAGUCAAAAAUACAAGUACCAAGUUGAUUUGUUAAAAUCCGAUCUCAAUAAACUAAAUCUGAAACUGCAUGAAAAGGAAAAAGACUUUGAAGAACAAGAACAAAGACUCUAUCGACUAACAAAUCAAUUACAGGAAUUUGAUCACAAGGGUGGCGAAUCUUUGUUGAGAUUGGAAAGUGAAUUAGAGAUGAAAAAUACUUCAAUUAAAAACCUUGAAAAGGAAUUGGUCAGUUUAACUCAUGGUCGUCAAAGUUUAGAAGCCGAAGUGAGAGCGCUUGAGAAAAACUAUGAUGAAUUGCAAGAAAAGUAUGCGAACUAUCAAAAGGAAUACGACAGUGACGUUAUCUUGGCGAAGAAUGACAAAAUACGAAGCUUGAGUCAAGAUAAAAUUGAGUUGAGUAAUUCAAUAAAAAAACUCAAUGAAGAUCAUGAGCUACUGAAAUCAAAAAUGCAGAAUGUGGGCAAUGAUAAACUCACAAUAUCAAAUCUUGAAGAGGAGCUGAAGCAGACGAAAAGGAAAAUGGAUGACGCUGUAAUACUUACAAAAAAACUGCAAAACCAAAUAAUAGAUAACACCACAAAAAAUACAGAAAAAAGUUCUCAGAGGGUAAGGGAAAAGGACUUAGAAAUAGAGACACUCAAAAGAAAGAUUGAAAUGCACGAAGAGGAAUACGAAAAGAACAUUCAAGUCAAGAUACGAAAGCUUGAAAAGGAAAAUGAUCUCUCAAAGGAUCAGUUAAAUAGACAAAUUUUGUUGCUACAAGAGGAAGCUGGUUCGAUAAGAGAAUCGUAUGAAAGGGAAUUGAUGAUUUGGAAAGAUAAGUGCAAUUCUUUGAGUAAGGAAAAUAGCAAGAUUCAGGAACAAGGACAAGACAGCUUGAAAGAUUUAAAACGAGAGCUGAAUUCCAAAAAUAGUGAAAUGGAACGUCUCAACAAUCUCAUUGCUCGUUCAAAAGAAGAACAGUUAGAAGUCAAUAGAACGAUAUCCCGUCUACAAAACUCAAAAGACUCAUAUAAAGAGGAAUUGAAGAAGAUUGGCACAAAAUUUGAAUAUCUAUCAAAGGAAUACGUAAAGUUAAAGGAAAAAGAAUCCAAUAUGCCUUACAGGGAUAAAGGUGAGAAUCAAGUUUUGAAGGAAAAGUAUAACACCAUGAAACAAAGAUUAUUGGAAGAAUUGAAAUCUUUGCAAGAUGAAAAUUUGUCAUUAGAGAGACGGUUACUUGACAGAAGUAGUCGUUCUCAAGAUAAUAAUAUUCCUUUGAAGACAAAUACUAUUAAUCAGGAUCAAAUUGAUUAUUACAGGUUAAAAUAUAACACAGAAGUGAGGCAAAAUAACGAUUUACGGAUAAUGAACGAGUAUCUGAAUCGUGUUCUCAGGGCAAGCUCUCAACAUGUUAGGCUAGACCUUCUUAAGAUCCGAAACGAAGUCAAAGCUCCCAUUCCUUCUGUUUUCAGAUCUGAAUUUCAAAACCCACUCGAGCCCUUCCAUAGACGGCGUCAUCUAAGAUUUGAUACCGUGGCAUUAUUUGUCCUUUCCUGUGUACGAAUGAAGCAUGCGGCUAUACGGCGUAAAUGGGAUGAACAGAGGCUCAAAUAUCUUCAAAGAAAGAUUACUAUUGACGACGGUCGCAUAAGCUGGUAG